GCUCAAAUUUAUUUUAGCUAUGGAGAGAAUUACCAUCUUUGCCAUCAUUUUGCUCGUGUCUUUGGCAGUGCCAACAUGGGCAAGCAGGAAAGGAAACACCGUUGACGACACAACCAAAAGGGAGAUAUUAGAUGAGGCGAAGAAGGUGUUAGAGAGAGAGGAGUUAAAGGUUUUACAAGAGGUUGCAAGAGAAGUAGCAACGGCAGAGCAACAACCAUUGAAGAACCUCAAAGCCUGCGCAAAUCCGGGGGAAAACUGUGCAUUUAUUGACUGUUGUGAAAUUAGUGGACAUAAUAUCGACUGUCUAGGCAAUCGUUGUUAUGACUGGAAUGAUCGCCCCUAUCCUCCGAUCGAUAUAUACUUAUCUAAUAAUUAAAGCUUAUUACAAAGCUUUGAUUUCUUGUGCUUACCAUAAUAUCACGUAGCUUACAUAGUUACAUGUAUGGCUCUAUGAAGCUACGUGUAUUAAUGAAUAAAACUAUAAAAGUGGACGUUGUAUCUUAUGCAUGUGUUUUAUAUGAAUUAAUAUUAAAGUUGUUGGUUGCCUAA